GUUGACCAUGUCGCCGAUUUCGCAGCUGAUGCUCUCACCCUAGCAUUCACUGCGGUUGUGGGGGAGGCAGAUGAGUCAUGUGGAGGUCGUUGUCUCCCUCAGAUCUCAAGCAUCAAGUUCGGCAGCACGCAUUGCGCAGGCACUUCAAAGGACAUCAAGGACAAUCAUUCUGUGACUACCACCGAAAAUCAUGGCUCAAAGUUUCAAGAGCCUGGCGCGGUCGCGAACAUGGCGCAAAGACGACUUCGUCAUUUCUACAGACCCUUCACUCUUCCCCAUUUCAGCCCUGAGCGAAGUCUUCAACUCGGAAGGCUUUUACUGGGCCAAUGCGCCCACUCCGGAGGCCAUGCGGGAACUGCUUGAGAAUUCGCUGUCAUUCGGCCUGUACCAGUUGAACGAGCAGAGCAAGGGACCGGAAUCGUCGCCGGCAUCUGGCACGGAAGCCACGGACCAUGAGAAACUCGAGUUUGUCGGCAUAGCACGCUGUGUGACUGACUUCGUCACUUUUUCGUACCUCACAGACGUGUGGGUGCAGCCAGGACAUCAGGGCAAAGGCCUGGGUCGGUGGCUUGUCGGGUGCGUGCGGGAGGUUAUGGACUCGAUGCCGUUCCUACGGCGGUCUAUGCUCUUUACGUCGAGCUGGGACCGUUCAGUGCCCUUCUACGAGGACAUCCUGGGCAUGAGUGUGAUUGAGUCGCGAAGAGGCGAAGGCGUGGCCAUCAUGGCGAGGAAGGGUCGGGGGCAUCCGAUGUAUGGCGAAGAAGGUCUCUGAUGAGCGGCAUGGGGGCUAGAUGCUUAGAUCAUGGUGCUGUACGAGAGGGCUAGAGUAUGCGACAUCAUGCUCGUUGAAGAACAAAAGCCAUACUUCAAAUACCACAAGAGCUUAUGGUUCUGAGUACCACGGGUCAAGUGCAUUUAGAGCUGCCCCGAGUCGCGGCGACGGUGGUGUUCCUGCAUUCAUGCUGAUGGGUAAAUUGCCCUACCAAGACGCAAUGCUUUGCGAUGCU